AUGUACGCACCAACCUCCAGUGAAAGCGCCCGCCAGGGUUCUCCGGAGCAACAAGAUGAUACUUCACAGUCUCGAUAUCCUCCAUCUGUUGUUAGCUCUGUUUCGUCUAUUCCUGAAACCACUAGUAGCAGCAUUAGCUCUUCAAGUAACUACAGUUUCUCUCCUUCGCAUGAUUCACCUGCUGAAGUAGCUGCCAUUAUUUCUAUUCUGAAGGGCAAAAGUGUUGAUGAGCUACAGAAUCUAUUGUCUGAUGAGGAUGCAUACAGUCAAUUAUUACUUUCCCUUGAUCAGGUUAAAAUUCAAAACAUUAUUAGAGAUGAGCUUCGGAAAGAAACUGUGCAGCUUGCCAGAGAUAACCUGGAGAAGGAGCCACGCAUAAUGGAGCUAAGAAAUCAAUGCAGGAUAGUAAGGACGAUUGAGCUAGCUGUUGCUCAGGAGAAACUAAAUGAUCUGGAAAGACAGAAAGAUGUGUUGUUGAGGUCCUGCUCUCCUGCCUCUCUCCUCCAAAAGCUUCAAGAGGCAGCAAAUAAGAUAGAGGAGGAAUCUGAGACCCUGCAUAGACAGCUUCUUGAUAGAGAGAUAGAUCUUGGAGCUUUUGUGCAGAAGUAUAGAAAACUCCGUAGUGCCUAUCACAGGCAAGAGCUUAUCCUUCUUGCAUCCAAAACAGCUUUAACAGUGUGA